UCUCUAUUUUUAGGUUGUGUUGUGUGAGUGAAUGAUCAAUGAUGAUAGUUGAGUCAUUGCCUUAACUGAAUUCCGAUCGAGGAGUGCGGUGAUGACGUGCAGUGUAGUGAGAGAGCAACAAGGGCAGGUGUCCACCAUUGAGCUUCUGUUGCAUAAAAAACAGGGGACGAAUAGGAUCCCUACGUGUGCUGUUUUCUUGUCUUGUCUUGUCUUGGUGCGUGCGACCGAGAGCAUUGUUCAUCCUCGUAUUACUUCUUUCAGUAAUAAACAAACAUAAACAACAAAAACACCGAGCAAACCUCAUCAUACAUUCAAGUUGCUGUGCCUGUGUUGUGUUGUGAGUGACCCACAUGUAUGUGACAUACAUACAUACAUACAUACAUACUUGAAACAAACACCCAUCCACGCUCCAAGCCAAGGCUGAUCAAUCACUUACCAAACAAUGAGUUCAGCUGUUCUUGUUGCUGUUGCUGCUGCUAUUGGUAACUUACUUCAAGGAUGGGAUAAUGCCACUAUUGCAGGAUCUAUUUUAUACAUUAAGAGGGAGUUUCAAUUAGAAAGUCAGCCCACAGUGGAAGGUCUUAUUGUGGCUAUGUCACUUAUUGGGGCAACCGUCGUUACUACAUUCUCCGGAGCGCUAUCGGACUUGCUAGGCCGGCGUCCCAUGUUGAUUAUCUCCUCUGUCCUUUAUUUUCUUAGUUCUCUUGUCAUGCUAUGGUCUCCAAAUGUUUAUAUCCUCCUCUUUGCAAGACUUUUAGAUGGAUUGGGGAUUGGUUUGGCAGUUACCUUGGUACCUCUUUACAUAUCUGAGAUAGCUCCUCCUGAGAUUAGGGGAUUACUCAAUACACUUCCACAGUUCACUGGUUCUGCUGGAAUGUUUUUCUCCUACUGUAUGGUCUUUGGGAUGUCACUCACCAAGGCGCCUAGCUGGAGGCUCAUGUUGGGUGUUCUUUCAAUCCCCUCUCUUAUUUAUUUUGGAUUCACACUAUUCUUCUUGCCCGAGUCUCCAAGAUGGCUUGUCAGUAAAGGUCGUAUGCUUCAGGCUAAGAAGGUUUUGCAGCGCCUUCGUGGAAGGGAAGAUGUUUCUGGUGAGAUGGCUUUAUUGGUUGAGGGUCUUGGAGUAGGGGGUGAUACAGCCAUCGAAGAAUACAUAAUUGGUCCUGCCAAUGAAUUUACUGAUGAAGAGGAUCCAUCUGCAGGUAAAGAUCAGAUCAAGUUGUAUGGGCACGAACGAGGUCAGUCCUGGGUUGCCAAACCUGCUCAGAGUUCCAUUGGCCUUAUGUCUCGGAAAGGAAGCAUGGCAAAUCAGAGACAGGGUAGUCUAGCGGUGGAUCCUUUAGUCACCCUUUUUGGUAGUGUCCAUGAGAAGCUCCCGGAGACAGGAAGCAUGACCCUUUUUCCACACUUCGGAAGCAUGUUUAGUGUUGGGGGAAAUCAGACGAGGAAUGAAGAAUGGGAUGAAGAAAGCCUUAGAGAGGGUGAUGAUGAUGUCUCUGAUGCUGCUGCUGGUGAUUCUGAUGACAAUUUGCAGAGCCCGUUGAUCUCACGUCAAGCAACAAGUAUUGAUAAGGACAUACCUCCUGCUGCUCAUGAUAGCCUUUCGAGCAUGAGGCAAGGUAGUCUUUUACAAGGAAAUGCAGGAGAACCUGCUGGUAGUACUGAGAUUGGUGGUGGUUGGCAACUAGCGUGGAAAUGGUCUGAACGAGAAGGCUCAGAUGGAAAGAAGGAAGGUGGUUAUAAGAGAAUAUAUUUACACCAAGAGGGUGGUCCUGGAUCUAGACGUGGGUCUGUGGUUUCACUUCCUGGUGAUGUGCCAACAGAUCAUGGUGAGGUCAUACAAGUUGCUGCUCUAGUGAGUCAACCAGCCCUUUAUAAUAAGGAGCUUAUGCAUCAACAACCAGUGGGACCAGCUAUGAUUCAUCCAUCUGAAACAACUGCAAAAGGGCCAAGUUGGAGUGAUCUUUUUGAACCUGGUGUUAAGCAUGCACUAAUUGUCGGGGUGGGACUUCAAAUUCUUCAGCAGUUCUCAGGUAUCAAUGGUGUCCUGUACUAUACACCUCAAAUUCUUGAGCAGGCAGGUGUUGGUUAUCUUCUUUCAAACCUGGGCCUUGGUUCAACUUCUUCAUCUUUUCUUAUAAGUGCUUUGACAACAUUGUUGAUGCUUCCUUGUAUAGCUGUUGCCAUGAGGCUCAUGGAUAUUUCUGGCAGAAGGACUUUGCUGCUGAGUACUAUCCCAGUCUUGAUAGCAUCUCUUCUCAUAUUAGUCCUAGGGAGCCUUGUGGAUUUGGGCAGUACGGUAAAUGCAUCAAUCGCAACUAUUAGCGUUGUUGUCUAUUUCUGUUCCUUUGUCAUGGGUUUUGGGCCAGUACCUAAUAUACUUUGUGCUGAGAUUUUCCCCACUCGAGUUCGUGGUCUCUGCAUUGCCAUAUGUGCUCUAACCUUUUGGAUCAGUGACAUCAUUGUCACCUACACACUCCCAGUUAUGCUUAACUCUGUUGGCCUCGCUGGUGUUUUUGGUAUGUACGCAAUCGUGUGUUGCAUAGCUUGGGUGUUUGUCUUUCUCAAAGUUCCGGAAACUAAGGGCAUGCCACUAGAAGUUAUCAUUGAGUUCUUCUCCGUCGGAGCUAAACAGAUUGACGCUGCCCAGCAUAACUAACUUAAGGAUGAUAAACUGAAAGUUUUGACGGUACCUUUUAAUUAUUUUCAAUCUACGGUUUUGUUUGAAUUUUUUUUCCCUUUUUUCAAUUUUUCCUUUCGAUUAAUCUCUCUUUUCUGUGGGUUGAGAUUGAGAAACCAGAAACUUUGUUUCUGUAAAAAAGUACAUUUCUGGUUCAUUUGUGACUUUGUAUACUUAGUUAUUGGAUGUCAAAAUUAUUAAAUGGUCUGCUUUAGUUAUGCAA